CACCCAGACUAAAUCCCAAAGGCACAAAGCUGAAGAGGGAGCGAGAGCCAGGGCUUAAGAGGAGCCUUUUGCUUUGCAAAGGUGUUCAGGAUUUAACCUGUCAGCAGUGGAGGCUGCUGGAGGAUUUAUUACAAAGGGGAGUAUGCUGUCUGCAUCAGCCCUCUAAAGAUGAGUAAGCCUUCCUUCUCCGUAGUAAGAGUUGUGAUGAAACCUCGGUAAUAUAAAGUUGCAUGCAACUGAAUAGAGUAUUCACUGUAAAAAAAAUCCAGCUUCACAGUUCUGAGAAACCAGCCCGGGAGGCUGUGAGGUCAGAGGAUUGCGUAGGUAUCUGAGCUGCUGUUUCCUCCUUUGUUUCUAUGUGAGAAGAAACCGUACCAUUCCUUCCAGGGGCCGGGGUGUUGGAAGGAUGCCCCCGUGGGCACGGUUGCUGCAGGGACAGGAGCUCCAGCGGGCAUGGUGGCCAUCUCAUGAUCCACACUAGCGCCCGCAGUGAGGUCCUACUGGCAAGGCGGGCAACUGCGAUUCUGUUAAGCCCUGGACUAUUCUUCCAGAAGAAACAGUAUGUGAAAGGCUGAUUGUUAAGGACGGCAGGAGAGAGUUUAUAGGGAAAUCAAUCAACAGAGUCAAUAGAUUGGCCUAGGUCUGUGACGUCAUCAGAAUCAUUGCGUGUAAUUCCUCACUUACUGCGUGUGGAAAAUUCACCCCCGGCAGGAUUUACACUCAGGUCCGGGGAGCCUGGAGAGAUGAGGAGCAGAAUUCGGGAGGGUCCAUGACCCAGGACAGGGGGAGGGGGAGGGGUGGAGGAAAGGACUUUUUUUUCCCUCUACCACCUCUACCGCAAAGUUAGACCUUUUUUUAAAAAACUAUGAACGUGUCAUACACGGCCCUCAUGUUGGCCCCAAUUGUGACUUUGUCAGAGUGGAAAUCACAGUAUUUCAACAAGUGGUUGCUUCAGAGAUCUUGAAAUAGCCUUUCUGCUCACCACCCUUUCGAAACGCUAGCUCUUCCUAAUUAGCACUUGAAAGAGAAGCGCCUUUGUGCUUUUAACACAUUUUAAUGAGUGCAUUUUAACAUUACCGGUGUCUUUUGUAGUCCUGUUUAUUGUAUUUUGAUCUAGGUAAACACAUUCUGAGAAGGCAGUCCUAGGUCUUACCUGUCUGCCAGAAAGGAUCAUAGCACAAAAAUGCUUACGAAUCCCCAAGCUAAAAUAUGACGAAUGAGAUGAGAUUUCCUAGACUUCCUGACACGCUCUGGGGCACCACGCGUGAAAAAGCUGCAUUGUCAUCCCACAGUAGUUCCAUUUGUUUCCGGGAUUCCUAGUCCUGGGAAAAUCCGGGUUGCUGUUUUUCCAAGACAGUUGCCUGUACAUUGAACCUUGUCUUUGAGGGUUUUUUCCUCAGCUACUCUUCAGAAUACAUUUGCUUCCCCUUAGGGAUGCCAUUUAGCAAAUAAAAAUAUGGGACUCCUUUGUACUGUAUCUAUAUAGUACAUAGAUAGGAAGUUCAAGUGAACAAUGAAUAAUUUUGAGUAUAAGUAUAUAUCAAAUAUUGCCUGGGACAUACGUAACCUAAAAAUUAUUUGUUGUCUACCUGAAAUUUAGUUUGAACUCAACGUUUUGUAUUUUACCUGGUGACCCUAAAAACAGAAUGGGGCCAACCUCUCCCAACUAAUUACCUAGAGAUGGUCAGAACGUUAUUCUCUUACACGGUUUACUGAUGGAAACUAGUCAGCUGCCAAAGGUCUCAGACUUUAACUGUGAAGGUAUUUUGAAGUUUGAAAUGUUCUUAUUGUCAUCCAACAAUCGUAAACAUGUAUGGUUUCAACUUUGGGACGAGCAGGCACCUUGGAAAUUUAAAUUGACCACCAUCCAAGAAUUUCGGUGUCAAGUGCAUUCCCCCGAAAUCCCGUGAUAUCCAGUUUCUAUAUCAGAGACAUGUGGUCAAAGUUUAGACUGACAGGGAAACUGAAUUUCAAAACCUUUUGACACACACCCCACCGUUAAAUAACUUGGUUCCAAAAUGAAGCAAAAGUCAUAAUUUCCUUUGACUGGGAUGAGAUUCCACUUGUGAAAAUAAGGGGCACAGAAACCAUCACAAGGAAGAAUUCCGCCCUCGUAUCAGGUGAAUCACCCCAAAGUCCAUUAGUCAUCAAUUGGUAGAGGCCAACACUUUCACAUGCAUCGUAAAUGGAAAAAAAAUAAGUCGGCAUGAAGCCAGAGAAGCAAGCCACCCUGAAACCGGAAGUAGCAGAGUCCCAUGGUGGCCAGGUGGGGGAAGGGGAGCGAGGACGUGCCACCUGCCUGGAAGAAGACGCCAUCUGCUGCCGAGUGAGUGACCAGGCGGCCCCAAGAGCCCGAGGAUGGACGCCGUGCACGUGGGUAUGGCCAGCGCACCGCUGGUGAAGCACGCGGCUGGAGCUGGCCUCAGGACGCGCAGACCCCGCGUCAUGUCCAAGAGCGGACACAGCAACGUGAGAAUCGACAAGGUGGACGGCAUAUUCUUGCUCUACCUCCAAGACCUGUGGACCACCGUCAUCGACAUGAAGUGGAGGUACAAGCUCACGCUGUUUGCUGCCACCUUCGUGAUGACGUGGUUCCUCUUCGGAGUGAUCUACUACGGCAUCGCCUUUAUUCACGGGGACCUAGAGCACGGUGAGGAUACGUCCAGCCCAACCCCCUGCAUCAUGAAAGUAGACUCCCUCACGGGCGCCUUCCUCUUCUCCCUGGAAUCCCAGACCACCAUCGGCUACGGCGUCCGCUUCAUCACGGAGGAGUGUCCCCACGCCAUCUUCUUGCUGGUGGCCCAGCUGGUCAUCACCACCUUGAUCGAGAUCUUCAUCACGGGCACCUUCCUGGCCAAAAUCGCCAGACCCAAAAAGCGGGCAGAGACCAUCAAGUUCAGCCACUGCGCUGUCAUCACCAAGCAGAACGGGAAGCUGUGCCUGGUCAUCCAGGUGGCCAACAUGAGGAAGAGCCUCCUGAUUCAGUGCCAGCUCUCGGGAAAGCUCCUCCAGACCCAUGUCACCAAGGAAGGGGAGCGGAUCCUCCUCAACCAGGCCACGGUCAAGUUCCACGUGGACUCCUCUUCCGAGAGCCCCUUCCUCAUCUUGCCCAUGACGUUCUACCACGUGCUGGACGAGACGAGCCCCCUGAGAGAUCUCACCCCCCAAAACCUUAAGGAGAAGGAGUUCGAGCUGGUGGUCCUCCUCAACGCCACCGUGGAGUCCACCAGCGCCGUCUGCCAGAGCCGCACGUCCUACAUCCCGGAGGAGAUCUACUGGGGCUUUGAGUUUGUGCCUGUGGUCUCUCUCUCCAAAACCGGCAAGUACGUGGCUGACUUCAGUCAGUUUGAACAGAUCCGGAAGAGCCCAGAUUGUACCUUUUACUGCGCAGACUCCGAGAAGCAGAAACUGGAGGAGAAGUACAGGCAGGAGGAUCAGAGGGAAAGAGAGCUGAGAACGCUUUUGCUACAGCAGAGCAACGUCUGAUGUCAGCGGUGUCGCCUCAGCUUAGCUCCUUCUGUCAGUUCUGCUUCCCCGUCUGAGCUCCUUCCCAAUGAAGAGGUCACCAGGAAAACAAAACUGCGUGGCCACGCUCUAAAAAAACUGCACUGAGAUGCAGACCUGUUCCUUUGAUCUGGUGGCUAAGCAAGCAUUUCCACAUCUGAGAGGUUCUUUUUUUAAAAGGCUUUAUCUGAAGCAAACUCCCCAAAUUCAAAUUUUCUAUAAAGGGGCUGCAUUUCAAAGAACUUGGUGGAGGGCAAUUCAAACAAUGUCCUCCUGCAUGGACAGACAUUUCACAAUGCUCAUAUCAAAAGGAAAUGCAUUGCUAUACAAGGAUGUCAGCUAUAAGGUAUUUAUUCAACAAAAGACAAUAUGGCUGAGAACUGAAAUGUUCAAUAUCUACUUAUAUUGUUGCUUUAAUGCACACAUUUUUUUCAAGCAGAGCAAAUGUUAUUUAUAAUGGAGGCUACCUAGUAAUACAUAAAAAGGGCCAAAGGGACUCUGUACUCACAAAAUAUCAUAAUUCCAUUUUGGGGAGUUCCCGUCAUGGCGCCGUGGUAACAAACCCAACUAGCAUCCAUGAGGAUGCGGGUUCAAUUCCUAGCCUUGCUCAGUGGGUUAAGGCUCAGCCAGGGCAUUGCCAUGAGCUGUGGUGUGGGUUGCAGAGAGAGCUCAGAGCCUGCAUUGCUGUGGCUGGCAGCUAUAGCUCUGAUUCGAUCCCUACCCUGGAAACUUCCAUAUGCCUCAGGUGCGGCCCUCAAAAAGCAAUAAAAUAAAAUAAAAUUCCAUUUUUACCCUUUUCAGUGAAAUGUAACCGUACAGAGUGAAAUUGAUCAAAUCAGGAAUUCACAGUUGUGAAAACAUAUACCAAUGGAGUUGGUGAGAUUGUUCACCCAGAUUUUUUUGUUGGCACGUAUGGGCUCUCUUCUGUUCAAAAUCAGGUUCACAGACCAGCAAUAUCAGCAUCACUCAGGAGCUUAUUAAUAAUUUACCCCUUCCUGGACUUAGAGAAUCAGAGUCUGUAUCUUAACUGGACCCCCAAGUGAUUCAGGUAAAAAUGAAAGUUGGAGAAGCUCCACUCUGGACGUUUUCCCAGUAACCUUCUGAAGCCAGGGGGUGCCAGUUCUUUGAUAAGGACCAAUAUAUUCCUUUCCAUGAUUUCAUUCCUUAUCUAUUAAAAUUCCUGGUCCACAGAGGAACUGCCACAGACAUUUCAAGAGCAAAGUAACGCCCUUGAGAAAAAUGGUUGCAUCUCUCAAGUGAAGGGCAAGCUUGUUGAUUACCAUCAGAGCAAAAGGAAAAUGCAGCUGCUGAACAAUUGGAAAUUGGCCCCUUCAUUGACGUCUGUAAGGCUGGAUGGACUGUGAGGAACAAGAGGAGCUGAAGAUAAGGAAUCCAAGUGCAGGUGACUCCAGUGAAGCAGGACCAAACGCGAUGCUCUGAUAACAUGUAAAGGAUGCCCUCGGUGUUUAAAUAAACCUCAUACAACUCAGUUUAAAGAGGUAGCAUUUGGCCUCUGGCAGAAUUUAGAGGUCACGCCCCUCGCCUUUCUUUGGGGCAGAGAAUAAAUGGGCUACAGGGGAAGUCUCAUUUCAUUCAAACCAGGGCAGCUUUGCACUUUUACUCAAGAAGAACGUGACUUUGAGUAGGCUGGCAUAUGGAAUCUAUGUACACGUGAGGCCACAUGUAUGUGCACACAGACCCACAUGCGCACGUGCACACACACACACACACACACACACACACACACAUCAGUAUGCACGCCCUGGCUCUUCCGUCAUAGUUGUGGAAAUUAUCCGUGAAAGACAUUUGUGAUUAAGACAGCAAGUCCUUGACCAAUGGGCUUGCGUACAUUUUGUUCUAUCAGAAUGGGAAGCUUGGGGCUCAGGGAAAAUGGGACAAGUAAUCAGAGUCAGACAGUCGGUGAAACAGUGUUGGGAUUUCAGCAAAUCUGGUCCUAUCCUGAUGUCACCCCCUUUUCACGUCUCCUCCCAUUAAACAGAAAAUGUGACAAAAACCUCUUACCCAGAACUGAACAUUUAAUGCAGAUGUAAGAAUCAUAGGAGUGAGGCUGCAAACAGUUUAAAGAACAAUCUCAAUGCACAAGAGGUUGCCGUCUUCAAUUAUUCAGGAAGCUUCUAUGUUUGCUUUUUCUAUUGAUCAUUUCAUGGCAGGUUGUUUUAGUUGUCGACGAUUCUCGUAAAGGAUCACAUUAUUGUAGUUUGAUGUGAGCUCUUUCAGUUCUUCAACUUUUUUAUUGUAUAAUCCAGUAAAAUCGACAGGAAAAUAAUGCCCCAGCAUGUUUACAAUUUGUCUUUGGCACUAUUCAAUGUUUUUCACAGUAUUUAUAUCAGUGCUUAUUUGAAUGUGAUCAGAAGUCUUGCAUACUUAUAUUGCAUAUGGUACAAUGAUACAGCGUAAGACUGAGGAAUCUUUCUGUGUGUUCAUUUUGCAUAUCAAUUUUGGCCAUAUUUGGAAGACUUGAUUGCACUACACCCAAAAUAAAUAUGUAGGGUCUUAAAAUCUAAGACUUGUACAAGUCAAUAAAUCAUAAUAUAACAUAACAGUCAAAAAAUAGCUCUUGGAGUUCCCAUUGUGGCUCAGAGGGUAAAGAACCUGACUAGUGUCCAUGAGGAUGCAGGUCUGAUCCCUGGCCUCACUCAGUGGGUUAAGGAUCCAGCACUGCUGUAAGCUAUGGUAUCAGUUGCAGGUGCGGCUCAAAUCUGGCCAUACUGUAACUGCGGCAUUUCUGCAGUUCUGAUUGGACCCCUAGCCUGGGAAUUUCCAUAUGCCACAAGCGUGGCCCUAAAAAAAAAAAAAAAAAAAAAGAAAUAGCUCUGAAGUUGUGUCUGGUUUGAGACUUAGCAUUUUCCAGACAGAGCUACUUCUUAUUACUUUGUAUAAAAUCCUCUCAUGCUAACAAGAGUCAGGGGACAAAAUUAUUUGAUUAUAUCUGGACAUGAAUCUGACUGAAACACCUUCAUGCUCAGCACUUAACGGAGAGUUGUCAAACGAAAAGAGUAUUUUGACCCCCCCAAAAGAGGAGCUGAGUUUUGAAAGCUUUCCAAGGCACCAGGCCUUCUUGGCCUGACCAUUCAAAAAUGUUGGAUUCCAUUUGAGAAACCACAAAGAGCAGCAAAUCAGCGUGAUCUGCAUUAUACCUGCUUAAGUAAUAAAAUCCGUUGUACUUCAUGGCACCUAGUAGCCGGUGGCCCCAGACAGCACAGCAAAGACUCACUCUUUGAUCCUCAGGACAAGCCGUCUUUGUUCUCUUUCCCAUUUAUCAGGAAAUUGCAGCCCAGACUCCAAAAGUCUAAAAUAACUGGUUAAAAGCUAAAAAAAAAAAAAAAAAAAAAAAAUGCCAUGAAUGAGGGGACCAGAUAUUUAGGUGAAUUCAAACAACUAUUUUGCUUGAUUUUGAUUUGAAUUCAAUGCUCAAUUUUAAUUGGCUGAUUUAAGUCCCAUCAAAAUGUAAAUCAAAACAUAGAUAAAGGAGUUCCUGUUGUGGCUCAGCAGAAACGAACCCAACUAGUAUCCAUGAGGAUGCAGGUUUGAUCCCUGGCCUCGCUCAGUGGUUUAAGGAUCCGACAUUUCCGCAAGCUGCAGCACAGUUUGCAGAUGCAGUGUGGAUCUGGCAUUGCUGUGGCUGUGGUGUAGGCUGGGCAACUGCAGCUCUGACUGAACUGCUAGCCUGGAAACUUCUAUACGCCACAGGUGCGGCCCUAAAAAUACAUAUAGGCUACUCCAGUCUGAUUCUUUCUCCUGUGCUUGCAUCCUCAGUACUCAUGCUUCAUCUGGAGAAGGAAGGAAAGAGAAAAGCAAAACAAGGAAGACGAGGGGCCUUUGCACAGAUAGCUCAGUAAAGGACCAUCCUCUUCCUUGGGCUUGGUUCUGCAUUUUGUCACCGUGGUCAAAGGGUCAGACAUCCAACCCUGUGACAUAGUGAAGCCUUCCAGUCUCUCAGUCUUGGCUUUCAUUCUUGCUAGACUUUUACUGUUAAAUAUUAGGAACAACUAGCCUUGGAUGCAGGGGAUUUUAUCAUAGCUUUCUGGGAUGGACUUUUUUUUUUUUUUCCCCCAAAUGAAAGGUAUCAUCAUUUCAAGACUUGAUUUCCAAAGUCUGUAGGGAACACUCGAAUUCCACCAUGUGACUCUGCACAGGUUCAAGGUGCACUUCAUUUUCAUCCCCUGGGAAGUCUUCUCCCCAAAGGUCCAAAGCUUAGCAUUUCACUUCUAAUCAAUGAAUUACAUACGUCUUGCCUUUUUGGAAUAUCAAUUUAUCUUUUAUCAGAGCAACCUGCCAACCAGUCCCUGGAUCUUGGGGUGACAAUAAAUGGUUUCUGCUCUCAGAGUGAAGUGGCUUUAGGAGCAGAGUUUGAGUGUCCAGGGUAAGAGUCUGCAAUGAAAUGAUAGAAUUAGAAUUUAACUGGGAUUUUAAAGAAUAAAGGAAUUACUUAACUUCUUGA